GAUGCUUUAUCAAUAGGACAUAUUUAAAUCAUGAGUAAACAGUUUAAUUCUUCAGAAAAGGCCCGGGAACGAUGGAAACUUUUGGCAAAGGCAUUGAAAGGACAACGAUCUGAUGAGACUUGUCAAAGUGCUGUUUCUGUACGACGGUUUGGCAGCUAUGGCCUACUACAGACUCAGGAACUUUCUACGGCCGAAAAUGUGAAGAAUUGUGGAUCAACAUGGCACCGCUACACCUGUCCAGAAGUACUCAACUUUUCUAUGACUAUAAGACAUUUGGCUGGGACGAUAAAGCCUGAGACUGUGUUUGGUUUCAACAAUACAGGAAAUGUUUGUGUGUGGCCCUCGGAGGAAGUGAUGGCCUACCACACUCAAAAGUACCUUAAUGACUUCAGGGGUGCAGCAGUCUGUGAACUUGGAGGUGGGAUGACCUGUCUGGCCGGGGUCAUGCUGUCCAUUUUGUCUGAGGCAGAGAGCAUGUUGUUGACAGAUGGCAAUGAAGAAUCUGUGGACAAUCUGAACAAGAUAAUUGACAAUAACAGUUCAGCCUUUGGGAAAACAAAAGUCACCAGCAGAAUGCUGCGGUGGGGGAGUGGACCUGUGGAGGAAUCCCUUGUAGAGAAGUUUGAUAUUGUCCUCUGUGCAGACUGUUUGUUUUUUGAUGAUGGGAGAAAAGAUCUGGUGGACCUCGUUUAUACAAUGGUGAAGCCACAAGGGAAGGUAUUAAUGUAUGCACCACGGCGAGGAAAAACAUUUGAUGCAUUUGUUAGUUUAGCAGAAGAGAAGUUUCAUACUACUGUACAAGAGGAGUAUGAUUCUACAGUCUGGAGUCUACACAAACAGAUGGAUGCCAAAGGACUGGAGCACUAUGAUGCCAACAUUCACUUCCCACUGUUCCUGUCCAUGAAGCGCAUCAACAAGGCCAGCUGAUACUUGUAUAUUUCACAAGAUACCGGUUUAAACCUCCAAUUUUCAUUUUGAUUAAAUGCACCAAAGAUAUAGGUAUUAUUUGAACAAUAUCCAGGUCAUGUUACUCAGAAUGAAAGGUGUCAAAAUA